AUGGCAAGUAGUAUGUCUAGCGAUUCCGAGUAUGAAGGCGUCGAGACUCCAAUCACACCGGUGUCUAUUGACCCAAAUUCUGUCACUACGAGCUCUCUGCACGCUUUACAGUCUGCAGAUCAGCGUAAAGUUAUGGAUAUCGUAGACAAGCUGCGACGCACAGGUCUCAGUGGCAUUGUGGAACUACCCCAGCUCGUAGUCUGUGGCGAUCAGUCAUCCGGUAAAAGCUCUGUACUUGAGGCUAUCACCGAAAUUCCGUUUCCUCGCAAGGAAAACCUGUGCACAAGAUUCGCAACUGAAAUCAUCCUGCGUCGUUCUGUGUCGUCCACCAGCACAAUCACUAUCACUCCAGACAAGCUUCGCCCAAAGUCGGAGCAAGCCAAGCUCAAGUCGUUCAGCAGGGUCAUGAACGAUUUCAGUCAGCUCCCAGAUGUGAUCGAAGAAGCAACACAAGCGAUGGGCUUGGGAGUAGUAGGUGGGAUCAAUUCAAGGGCAUUCUCUCGUGAUGUGCUAUCGGUCGAGAUCACUGGUCCAGCCAGGCCUCAACUAACUCUUGUCGACCUUCCAGGUCUCAUCCAUGCUACCAACAAAGCACAAACCGAGACCGACAAAGAGCUGAUCCUCAAUCUUGUUAAGGAGUACAUGAAAAAUCCGCGUACCAUAAUUUUGGCAGUAGUUAGCGCAAAGAAUGAUUACGCUAACCAAAUCAUCCUCGACCACUGCCGCAAGAUCGACGAGCAGGGCCGUCGUACCCUUGGCAUCAUCACCAAGCCUGACUUCCUCCGUGAAGGCACCGACAACGAGCUGACCUGGAUCGAGUUGGCUCAGAACAAGGAUAUUUACUUGGAGCGUGGUUGGCACAUGCUUAAGAAUCGUGGUGAUAACCAGAUGCAGUUUUCCUUUGAGCAGCGCAACGCAGACGAGGAUUUGUUCUUUAGCAAGGGUCGUUACGCCGAACUGCCUCGUGAGUGCGUUGGCAUUGGCUCUUUACGCGAGCGUCUCAGUAAGGUACUACUCAGUCACUUGAUCAAGGAGCUUCCUUCUUUAAAGGACGAAAUGGUCAGCAAGCUUCAGGGUACCGUUGCAGAGAUCGAGAAGCUAGGCGACAGGCGCAACACCACUUAUGAGCAGCGCAUGGUUCUCAUGAAGAUCAGCAUGCGCAUAAGCGAUAUCCUGAAUUCUGCUACCAAAGGCUACUACGAGUCGUCGUUCUUCGGACCGAUCAACAUGGACGCAGCUGUUGAUGCAUCUGAGAACAUCCGACGCUUUCGGGCCGUGAUUCAACACCUCAACAUUAAUUUCGCUACCGAUAUGCGCUUGAGAGGCCAUAAGUACGCAUUUGGAGUUGGACCAGGUGAUGAAGAGCAGGAAAUUGAAGAGGAUAGAAGAGCACAAAAAGAGCUUGAUGAUCUCGACAAACACCCAGAGCUCGUGCUCCUUCCUAAGCCCAAAACACUUACGCGUCGAGAAGCCGUUGGAUGGGUCAAGAAAACCCUGGAGCGCUCCCGUGGCCACGAGCUUCCUGGCACGUUUCAGCCAAUGCUGAUAUCACAGCUUUUCUGGGAGCAGUCCCAACCAUGGGAGCAGAUCGCUUCUCAGCAUGUCAACACAAUUGCAAGUGCCUGUAGAGAGUUCAUCGAUAUGGUUCUCCAGGAUGCUGCUCCAUCUGAGUUCAAAGACAGGCUUACUAGCCUCUACGUAGAUGGUGCUUUAGCUCAAGCUCUUUCUGACGCGAAAGAAGAACUGCACAAGAUCCUCAUGGACAAAGCUCGCCAUCCAGCUACUUACAACCACUAUUUCACCACCACUGUUCAGAAGAUGCGUCAACGCAAGCACCAGGAGAUCACGAAAAAAGCCUCAAAAGCCUCAGAAGCCAAGAUUUAUGAUCGCAACGACGACAACGUAUAUACGUAUCUUGACCCUGCUAAACUCACAGAGGCUAUGGAAAAAGCGAUAGAGCUGGACAUGGACGUCUUCUCAAGCCAGGAAGCUCUCGAUACUGAGCGUGCGUUCUACAAAGAUGAGGUUAAGUACUUCGUCAAUGCUAUCACCAAGGCUGUCAUUGAGCGCCACCUGGUUGCACCCCUCCCUGAAAUCAUCCUUUCCCCUCUGGUUGUGACGCAGAUGACAGAGAAAGAGGUGGAAUUUGUUGCUGCUGAGUCUCCUGAGAUCACGCAGCAGCGUCUUCAUCUGGAGUCUAGGAAGAGUAUGCUGGAGAAAGGGUUAGAAACGUUCAGAGAAGCGAUGGGAGGACUGAAGCGUUAG